CGCUUGUCUCUAUGCAUCUUCCAUGAACUAUGACAAAGCACUCCAACAACGUUUUUAUGAUUCAGCACUCACUUGUUGUGCUUAUGAUGUAGCACUCAGGCACUGUGCCUAUGAUGUGGCACCCAGUCACUGUACCUAUGAUACAGCACUCAGUCACUGUACCUAUGAUGCCACACUCAGUCACUGUGCCUAUGAUGUGGCACCCAGUAACAGUGUUUAUGAUUUAGCACUUAGUCAUAGUAUCUAUGAUGCAGCACUCAGUCACUGUGCCUUUGAUGUGGCAUCCAGUAACAGUGUUUAUGAUGUAGCAUUUAGUCAUAGUAUCUAUGAUACAGCACUCAGUCACUGUACCUGUGAUACAGCACUCAGUCACUGUACCUAUGAUGCAGCACUCAGUCACUGUGCCUAUGAUGUGGCACCCUGUAACAGUGUUUAUGAUGUAGCACUUAGUCAUUGUAUCUAUGAUACAGCACUCAGUCACCGUGCCUAUGAUGUGGCACCCUGUAACAGUGUUUAUGAUGUAGCACUUAGUCAUUGUAUCUAUGAUACAGCACUCAGUCACCGUGCCUAUGAUGCAGCACUCAGUCACUGUGUAUAUGAACAAAAAAAGAUAUAUAUAAAAAACGUUAUAGCGCUAAGCUACUGA